AUGCCCCACGACGAUUCUCCUGCCAUCAAUUUCGCCAAUUUCGAUCCGCCCGACGACGACAUCCCGACAACCAGCCCCUUCCACGGAAUCGCCAGGUACUUCAACUCACCCUCGCUCUUGCGCUCUUCCAUCACACUAACAUCAAUUUCUUCGCCCAGUUCCCUAAUCCAAAAUGAGUACGUCCUACCACGAACCCACCGACCACCGCGAUCAUCCGCCGCGUCGACGAGACAGUGCAGCAGCAGCAUACUGACAACGAUUACAGCGAAGGGUACCUCGAGCUUCGGAAAGCGCCACAACAAGACGCACGCCGCCGCUCCCUCCACGUUCAGAAGCACACCUGCUCCAACUGUGGCUACCCCUCUGCUAAGACCCGCAAACAACUGGGGCGAGAAGGCCAUGCGCCGCAAGACCACCGGCAGCGGCCGCCUCAGGUCUCUGCGUGACGUGCACCGCCGCUUCAAGAACGGUUUCCAGGUCGGCACCCCCAAGGGCGCCCGUGGUCCCGAGAACCACUAA